AUCACGAGAAUCGGCCGCCCCGCCUCGCGACGUCAAACUGCUCCCGCUGGCUGGCUGGUUGGCUGGCUGGCCCACAUCUGGCCCCGCCGGGACACGCGUUGUGGAUAUAUAUACAUCUCGAAAUCUUUUGGGUCGCUAUGUCUGAGGUUCGGAAAUUCACCAAGAGGCUGAGCAAACCCGGGACGGCAGCGGAAGUCCGACAGAGCGUGUCUGAGGCGGUGAGGAGCUCCGUGGACCCGGUGGAACAACCCAAGUUCAUCGAGCCUUUGGACUACGAGGCCGUGGUAUUCCAGAGAAAGGCUCAGAUCCACAGCGACCCCCAACGAGACCUGCUGCUGUGCCCCGUCGACGAUGUUUCGGAGUCCCAAAUAUCCCGACAGAGGCGAACCGUGGUUCCCUCCGUGCCCCAGAACGCAGAGCGGGAAGCCGGGAGUCUGUUUGCCAAAAAGUGCAUCACCAUGUACAAGACCGACUGGCAUGUCAUCAACUACAAAUACGAGGCCUAUUCCGGUGACUUCCGCAUGUUACCGAGCAAAGGCCUGAAGGCAGACAAGCUAGCGGCUCACGUGUUUGAGGUCGAUGAAGAUGCCAAAGACGAGGACACGUCGUCACUGUGCUCCCUGAGGGGCGGCAUCAUGAAGCAGGGCUGGCUUCAGAAAGCCAACAUUAACAGCAGCCUGUCUGUCUCCAUGCGGGUGUUCAAGAGGAGAUACUUCGACCUGUCCCAGCUCCCAGACGGCUCCUACAUCCUCAACUCGUAUAAGGAUGAGAAGCACUGCAAGGAAACCAAAGGCUCCAUCUACCUGGACUCGUGCAUCGAUGUCAUUCAGAGCCCUAAAAUACGGCGGAACGGCUUUGAGCUGAAGAUGCAGGAGCGCUACAGCCACUUUCUGGCGGCCGACAGCGAAGCAGAGAUGGAGGAGUGGGUGGCUACCCUCAAACAGGCCCUGCAGAACAGCAGCGAGGCCUGCCAGGAGAGGAGGAACGGAGGGGAGUCCCUGGACGGCUCCUUGGAUGAUGACACAAGCAGCCAAGGGAAAAGUGAGAGCCAGUCAGAAGGUCUGGGGAGGAACUUACAACCUGAACUCACAAAGUAUGCAAGAGAGACGGACCAGCUCAAUAAGAUGAACCGGAACGAAGGCAGGCAAAAACUUUUUUCCCUGGACCCUGAGACACAGAGGCUGGACUUCUCCGGCAUCGAGCCGGACGUCAAGCCGUUUGAGGAGCGCUUCGGUCGGCGCAUUGUGGUCGGCUGCCACGAUCUCACCUUCAGUCUCCAGGGCUGCGUUAGCGAAAAGGGCGACGGCGUCCUCACCAACGUGGAGCCCUUCUUCAUAAGCCUGGCUCUUUUUGACAUUUCCAAGAACUGUAAGAUCUCUGCCGACUUCCACGUGGACCUCAACCCGCCUUGCGUGAAGGAGAUGUUGAGCGACACCGCCGGCCAGCUCUCGCCUUGCUCGGAUUCGGAAGGAGGCAGGCCUUUCAAGAGCUGCGACUCGGGAAGGGGCGACUGCCUGCCUGUUCUUCAGAGAGUGUCGGAGGCACUGUUGCGUUUCCCUACACAGGCAAUUUUUUCAGUAACCCACCCCCAUGCUGAUAUCUUUCUGGUGGCCCGUGUGGAGAAGGUGUUACAAAAUGGCAUCACCAAUUGUGCCGAGCCGUACAUAAAGACUUCUGACAUCAACAAGACCGCUCAGAAGGUCCUGAAGGCGGCUAAACAGACGUGCCAACGCCUGGGCCAGUACAGGAUGCCCUUUGUUUGGGCUGCAAAGCAGGUGUUCAAGGACGCUCAGGGCAGUCUUGACAUGGACGGCAAGUUUUCACCACUUUACCGCCAGGACAGUGGAAAAAUCUCCACAAAUGACAUCAUCAAGCUCUUGGCUGACACCAGGAAACCCGACAAGAGCAAGCUUCAGACCAUCCCCGGACAGCUGAACGUCACCAUUGAGUGCGUCCCACCCGACUUUUCAAACACGGUGACGUCCGCUUACAUUCCCGUGAAGCCCUUCGAAGACAGCUGCGAGCGUGUCUCGGUGGAAGUGGAGGAGUUCCUGCCUGAGGAGGCCAAGUACAACUACCCCUUCACCACCUACAAGAACCAACUCUACGUCUACCCUCUGCAACUCAAAUACGACAACCAGAAAAGCUUCACCAAGGCGAGAAACAUCGCCGUCUGCGUGCAGUUCCGGGAUUCAGAUGAAGAGGGCGCAACCCCCUUGAAGUGCAUCUACGGAAAACCAGGGGACUCUCUCUUCACCAGCAGCGCUUAUGCUGCUGUCCUGCACCACAACCAAAGUCCAGAAUUCUAUGAUGAGGUCAAGAUGGAGUUACCUGUCCAUUUGCACGAGAAGCACCACAUCCUCUUCACCUUUUACCAUAUCAGCUGUGAAUCCAGCAGUAAGAAAAAAGAGGCUGUGGAAUCUCUGGUCGGCCACUCCUGGUUGCCUCUGCUGAAAGACGGCAGGAUGCAGUCCACAGAACUCCAGUUACCUGUCGCUGCCAACCUGCCCGCCGGCUAUCUGGGUCAGGACACCAGAAAGUCCCAUCCAGAUAUCAAGUGGGUGGAAAAUGCGAAACCACUAUUCAAAAUGAGAAGCCGAGUUGUCUCGACGAUAUACGCUCAGGACCUUCAUCUCCACAAAUUCUUUCUGCACUGCCAACUCAUGAAGAGCACCUCCGAGGACAACCGGGCGGAGCUUAUCAAAUACCUAAAGUGCCUACACGCCAUGGAGACGCACGUUAUGGUCCACUUCCUGCCGACUGUGCUCAUGCAGCUCUUUGAAGUGCUCUCAGCAGCCGCCAAGGAAGGCCAGGAAAUUGCUGUCAACUCUCUCCGCGUCAUCAUACAUAUCGUAUCCAGGUGUCACGAGGAAGGCCUGGAAAACUACCUGCGCUCUUUCGUGAAGUACGUGCUCGCCCCCGGGAGUGCGCCGUAUUGCCACGAGGUGCUGGCCAAGGCGGUCACAGCCGUUCUUAAGCAGACGGCAGAUUUUAACACCAGCAACAAACUGCUCAAGUAUUCUUGGUUCUUCUUUGAAACAAUGACUAAGUCGAUGGCCCAGUACCUGCAAGAGGACCAGCGAAUGAAGAUGCCCCGAGCCCAGCGCUUCCCGGACACUUUCCACCAGGCGCUGCAAUCCCUGGUGCUGUCCGUCAUGCCUCACAUCACGAUCCGCCACACGGAGAUCCCCGAGGAAGCCCGUUGCGUCAACCUGAGCUUGGCCAAUUUGAUCAAGAGGUGUCUGACCUUCAUGAACCGGGGAUUUGCUUUUGGUUUGAUCAACCACUACAUGUGCCACUUCAGCUUCAAGGAUCCCAAGGUGCUGACGGAAAUGAAGUUUGACUUUCUGACGGCCGUGUGCAACCACGAGCACUUCAUCCCACUCAACCUGCCCAUGGCCUUUGGGCGCACCAAGCUGCAGAGGGUGCAAGAUUUUAUUCCGUAUGCGACGGAGCUUUUUGGCCCUGUAGAUCAAAGUCUGGAGUUCAGCCUGACCGAGGAGUACUGCCGCAACCACUUCCUGGUGGGCCUGCUCCUCCGAGACGUAGCUGCGGCCCUGCAGCUGGGACCCGAGGUCCGGCAACUGUCCGUCGGCACGCUCAAGAACCUGCUCAUCAAACACGCCAUGGACGAUCGCUACACGGCCUUCAAGAACCAGCAAGCCAGGAUCUGCUUGCUCUACCUGCCGCUGUUUGAGUUGCUUUUCCAAAACUUGACGCAACUGUCUGCCCGGCCGCACAUUCCCAACAUCAGCGGCUCGAGAGACGACCUCGUGUCAAGCUCUUCAACGGACAGCAGGAGGACCAGCACUGCUCUGGAGAAAGACCACAGCCUGCCCGUCCUAAACGGCCAUGUCGUAAGAAGAGAAGACUCCAGAGGAUCUCUUUUUAUAGAUCCUGGGACACCAGAUAGCAUUGACCUGCAGAGACGAGGCUCCACCAUGAGCAGCAGUCCCGGGCCACCCAAGAGCAGACUUGGCAUUUACGAGAUCAAGGGCCUCCUGCUCACCUUUUUACACAUAGCCAAAACCUUGUCAGAAGACACUCUCAUGGCCUAUUGGAACAAACUUAACCCUCAAGACGUUAUGAAUUUUCUCAGUUUGCUUGAGAUCUGUCUGGUUCAGUUUCGCUACAUCGGCAAAAGGAACAUCAGCAGGAGUCAGGAGGCGUGCGCGUCCAAGUUGUUCUCUCCUGACAGAAAGUCGCAAACCAUGCCGGCCAUACGCUGCAACCGGGCCAGCGUCAUCCAGAACAGAAUUAACCAGUUUGGCACCAUGGAGGCCUCGCUCACGCUCAACAUAGGGACGGGGGCCUCCGAAGCGGAAAUCCAUCACCAGGCUCUGCUUGAGGGCAAUAUUUCCACCGAGGUCUGCUUGAGUGUCCUGGAUGUUCUUUCGUUUUUCAUCCAGUGCUUUAAGACCCAGCUGACAGACAACGACGGGCACAACGCUCUGAUGAGGAAGGUGUUUGACGUUUACCUGACCUUCCUCAAAGUGGGCCAAUCAGAAGCCGCCCUCAAGCACGUGUUUGCUGCGCUGCGAGCCUUCAUGAACAAGUUCCCCUCGGUGCUGUUCAAAGGUCGCGUGACCCUUUGCGAGCUUCUGUGCUGCGAGGUGCUCAAAUGCUGCGUUUCCAAGAUGGCCUCGCUGAGGGCCGAAGCCUCGGGGCUGCUUUAUCUGCUUAUGAGGAACAACUACGAGUACACCAAGAGGAAGACCUUCCUGCGCACGCAUCUGCAGAUCAUCAUCGCGGUGAGCCAGCUGAUCUCCAACGUGGCGCUCAGCGGCAGCUCGCGUUUCCAGGAGUCGCUCUCCAUCAUCAACAAUUUUGCUAACAGCGACAAGGCCAUGAAGUCCACAGGGUUCCCCUCCGAAGUCAAAGGUCUAACCAAGCGCAUCCGUACGGUGCUGAUGGCCACGGCCCAGAUGAGGGAGCACGAGAAAGACCCGGAAAUGUUGCUGGAUCUGCAAUACAGCUUGGCCCGCUCCUACGCCAGCACCCCCGAGUUGAGGAGGACCUGGCUGGACAGCAUGGCCCGCGCGCACCUGAAGAAUAACGAUCUCUCCGAGGCGGCCAUGUGCCACAUUCACGUGGCGGCGCUGAUUGCCGAGUACCUGCACAGAAAAAGUGAGACGAAAUGCCCACUGAAAAUCUUUUCAAAAGGUCAUUGUGGCGUAACAAGAACUUUUUUUUUCCUUUUUGCCUUGGCUUUCCAACGCAAAGAGUUGUUCCCCAGCGGCCUCGCCGCAUUUAAGAAGGUGACGUUUAAUAUUGAGGAGGAAGCCGCCAUGAAGGAAGACACGGGGAUGCAAGACGUUUAUUACACAGAGGAAGUCCUGGUGGAGCAUCUGGAGGUUUGCGUGGAGGCUCUGUGGAAGGCCGAGCGCUACGAGCUGAUCACGCACAUCGCCAAACUGGCCAUCCCCGUCUACGAGAAGCGCCACGACUACGAGAAACUGAGCCGACUGUACAACACACUGCACAGAGCCUACAACAAGGUCAUGGAGGUCAUCCAAUCAGGUCGCAGGCUGCUCGGGACUUACUUCAGAGUUGCCUUCUAUGGACAGGGCUUUUUCGAGGAGGAGGACGGCAAGGAGUACGUCUACAAAGAGCCCAAACUCACCGGGCUUUCCGAAAUCUCCCAGCGACUUCUGACGCUCUACGGGGAAAAAUUUGGGCCGGAAAAUGUCAAGAUCAUUCAAGACUCCAACAAGGUGAACCCCAAAGAUCUGGACCCCAAGUUCGCCUACGUGCAGGUGACCUUCGUCAAGCCCUACUUUGACGAGAAGGAGGCGCCGGAGAAGAAGACGGAUUUUGAGAAGUGCCACAACAUCAAUCGCUUUGUGUUUGAGACGCCGUACACGCUGUCGGGCAAGAAGCACGGCGGCGUGGAGGAGCAGUGCAAGAGGAAAACCGUUCUCACAACCAUCAACACCUUCCCGUACGUAAAGAAGCGCGUGGAGGUGAUGGGCGAGAAGCAGGUGGACCUGCGGCCGGUGGACGUGGCCAUCGACGAGAUGAGGUCGCGCACGGCCGAACUGCGCAAGCUGUGUUCCGGUGCCGAAGUGGACAUGAUCCAACUACAGCUCAAAUUGCAGGGCUGCGUCUCCGUGCAGGUGAACGCCGGCCCCAUGGCCUACGCCCGAGCCUUUCUGGAUGACAGCAAGGCCAACCAGUCUGGCAAGAAAGUGAAAGAGCUCAAAGACAUUUUCAGGCGUUUUGUGGAAGCCUGCAGCAUGGCUUUGGAUAUCAAUGAGCGUCUCAUCAAAGAAGACCAGUUUGAGUACCACGAGGGUCUCAAGGCCAAUUUCAAAGACAUGGUGAAGGAGCUCUCUGACAUCAUCCACGAGCAGAUCUACCAGGAGGGCAUGAUGCGCUCGCUUCUGCAGAACUCCCUCAACGUGUUCCGCGCCAUCAGCGGCACCUCGGCCGACCUCGGCUGACACGCUCGAUAAAAACAAUAGUAGGACGCGAGGCUGCACCAUGGCCGGAUGCAAGCCGUGAUUGAAUGUAAAGCAGCAUGUCGAGUUGGAGUCAUGCUCAGAUGCACUGCUUUGUUUUUGUGUUUCCCCCUUCUUAUCAAAUGACGCCACAUUACAGGACUGCCUUGUGUGCCGUUCGGAUCUAUGCAGGACACCAUUUUGCUUUGCACGUUGACAAAGCUGCAAACACGCCUGGACUGCUAUUCAACAAUUUAUCUGCCAGUCACGUAAACACACGGGUCAUGUUUAAAGAGCGUCUCAAGUUGCUCGAAAUGUCAACACGUAUUCGUGCAAGACUGGGCUCGUGGGAGAGUUACAGGGGAGCUUGUAUUUUAUGCUAUUCUUAAAACAGUAUUUCACAAGUGCUACACUGAAAAAUAGCCAUCAAGAUGUACAUAAAUUGGUCAUCACUAUUUCAGUCUGUGUUUGUAUUUAUAGUUGUCACAUAUUGAUUGGACUUUGGAGACCAAGUGUGGUCAUUGCCUUCUUUUUAACGCGUUGUAUACAGUAGCGAGCUGCUUGUCACGUGUGUUCCUGUACAGGCUUCCCUUCCCCAUUAAAGCAAAUCAAACAAAA